CCCGGCCAAGGCGGACAGCCUGGAGGACAACCUGGGCAAGGAGGACAGCCCGGCCAAGGCGGACAGCCUGGAGUACAGCCCGGCCAAGGCGGACAGCCUGGAGGACAGCCCGGUCAAGGCGGUCAGCCCGGCGGCCAGCCCGGUCAAGGCGGACAGCCCGGAGGCCAGCCCGGUCAAGGCGGGCAGCCUGGACAAGGUGGACAAGGUGGACAACCCGGUCAAGGUGGACAGCCCGGACAAGGCGGACAGCCAGGGGCACAAGGGUGCAAUGGUGAAGGUUUCCAGCCUGCACCUGGCGACUGCACCAAGUUCUUGCGCUGCGUGGACAACGGCGCGGGCGGCCUCACAAAGUACGAGUUUUCUUGCGGGCCCGGCACAGUGUGGGACCAGGCACUACUCACUUGCAACCACCCAUGGGCGGUGCAGGGUGAGUGCGCCAACGCGCAACCCGCGCAGGGUGGUGGGGGAGAUGACGGCGAUGACGGCUCCUGGAAGCCCGACGGUGGCGAUGACGGCUCCUGGAAACCGGACGGCGGCGAUAAUGGUCAGUGGCAGCCGGACGGCGAGAACCAGGUCAACCCCGACCAGGGCGGCACCAACAACCAGGGCAACCCCGACCAGAGCGGCGGUGACAACCAGGGCUAUCCGUCGGGCCCCGCGCCCGGCGACGGCACAUGCAGCACGGAGGGAUUCCAGCCUGACCCGAGCGACUGCAAGAAGUUCAUACGCUGCGUGCAAGGCACACGAUACAACUUCGACUGUGCAGAAGGCACUGUCUGGGAUCAAGACGUGCUUACGUGCAACCACCCGUGGGCGGUGAAACCCCCAUGUGGCACAGGAUCGGGACCUCAAGGACCAAGUGGGCCUCAAGGGCCAUCUGGUGGACCACAGGGCCCUCAAGGGCCACAAGGACCUUCCGGCGGACCUCAAGGACCUCAAGGGCCUACUGGUGGACCACAAGGUCCGCAAGGACCUCAGGGGCCUACUGGUGGACCACAAGGUCCGCAAGGACCUCAGGGACCUACUGGUGGACCACAAGGACCCAGCGGCCCACAGGGACCAGGCGGACCUCAGGGACCAGGAGGACCUCAAGGACCAGGAGGACCACAGGGACCAGGCGGACCUCAGGGACCAGGAGGACCUCAGGGACCAGGGGGACCUCAGGGACCUAAUGGCGGUGGAGAAGGCCCUAGCGGACCUCAAGGACCUUCUGGCGGACCACAAGGGCCGGGUGGACCACAAGGACCAGGCGGACCACAAGGACCAGGCGGACCACAAGGACCGGGCGGACCACAAGGACCAGGCGGACCACAAGGACCGGGCGGACCACAAGGACCGGGCGGACCACAAGGACCAGGCGGACCCCAGGGACCGGGUGGACCUCAAGGGCCUUCUGGCGGACCACAGGGACCGAGCGGACCUCAAGGGCCUCCUGGCGGACCUCAGGGACCUGGCGGACCCCAGGGACCUGGCGGACCUCAAGGACCAGGCGGGCCUCAGGGACCAGGUGGGCCUCAGGGUCCAGGCGGGCCAGAAGGACCUCAGCAACCGGGCGGCCAGAACGGCACCGCUCCAUGUGACAAACCAAAGCCACCACCAUCCCCAAUUAAGUGCGAGAAGGCUGGUUUCUACGCUCAUCCAUCUGACUGCAAGAAGUUCUACCGCUGUGUGGACUGGGAUGGCGACAAGGGACAGCGCUUCUCUGUGUUCUUCUUCGACUGCCCGGCCGGCACCAUUUGGGACCCCGCCCUCGACACCUGCAACCAUGCUGAGUCGGUCUACCCGCCGCGCGACUGCAGCGGUGGCGGUAGCCCACCUGAGUCUAGCCCUUCGCCGACCUCCCCGUCGUCCGAGACCACCACCGCGGCAUCCGAAACCACCGCGCCUACCUCAGAGUCCACCACUCCUGGCUCGACCGAACCCACCACGGCUGGUUCCACUGACACGGCCACGACGGCCGGCCCCGAGUCUUCCACGACGCCUUCCGGCGAGACGUCCACCGACAGCACAACCCAGGGCAGCACCGGCUCGACCCCUGCGCCGGAGUCUUCCACGACGCCGUCAAACGAAACCACGACGGAAAGCACAACGCCAUCCGAGAGCAGUACAGACUCCAGCAGCCCCGCCGCCACCACGCCGUCCUCCACCGAGGCCAGCAGCACUGAGCCCAACUCCACGGAGACGCCGAGCUCGACGGACGCCAGCAGCACUGAGGCCGGCGCGACGACACCGCCGAGCAGCACGGAGGCCGGCUCAACCACGCCCUCGAGCACAACGGAGGCCGGUGCCACGACGCCCCCGAGCAGCACGGAGGCUGGCUCAACCACGCCCUCGAGCUCAACGGAGCCCAGCGCCACGACGCCCAGCUCGACAGACGAGCCCACGACGCCCUCCUCUACCGAGCAGCCCAGCACGCCAAAGCCACCCGCGAGCAACAACACCGAGUGCCCGGACCUGGAGGAGGAUCAGAUGCCCCUGAUAUGUCCCACGGGCUUCCAUAGGCACCCCAAGUUCUGCGACCAGUUCUACCAGUGCACCACAUCGGGCACUGGCGGCAAUGACAUGAAGGUCCUUGUACUGUCCUGUCCGAACGCUACGCUGUUCGAUGAGGAAAAGAUCCAGUGUCUGCCGGCCGAUCAGACAACGCCCUGCAAGGGUGCAAUGGCCGGCACUAGAGUGAGGCGACUCGUGGACGACUCUCCUCCUCCGAUCCAGAUUACCACAAAGAAGGAGUUGUGUCCGUCGGAGGGCCUCUUCCCCUACGAACAAGACUGUCUGAGGUUCUACAGGUGCAAAAAGAGUCCGAAGGGACACAUACGAGGCUACCUGUACUCGUGUCCCACGGGCUUCGCGUUCUGGGACGUGUCGAAGCGGUGCGAGCGCAUCGGCCGCAUCCCGCAGUGCAAGCGCGGCAUGGCGUACGACAACCGAUACACGGAGGCGGCCCUCGCCCCCACCGAGAUGUACAACGUCGGCGCGCGGUAGGGGAGGACGAUACGUCAGCGACGCUCGUCAGGGCGGCCUCGACAAGGGCCUCGCCCGCGGGCCUCGCGUUGCACCGACCGGCCCCCGGCCGCCACCGGAAUCGAAGAAGCUCUGACGACCUGGACUGACAAAGAAUUUUAGUGGUUUAUUUUUUUUGUGACAAAUAUAUUGACAAAGUGACGCACGCUACGACCGCUGAAGAAGAAACGGCCGCGCUGCAGUCAGAUUUCUGACUCGGGCGGCCACGUUAUGUGUUCAUCUCCAGCGGGCCGUAGUGUCCACUGACAUGGUGUGGUGGUGUACGAGCAUGGGAAACAAGACGAGCCUUUAGUUUGCUCAUAUUGAGCACAUCCGAUUUUUUUCUCUCAACAUUUGGCCGAUCUAGGAGUAGUGUGGUAUUACUCUUUUACGAUAUGGCAAUUUGUUAAUCUAUUUAGAAUUAGUGGCGCAAUGCACAGUGAUAUGAAUACUCAAUAAAACUGAAGGUGUUAGUGUUAAGGACUUCAACAACAUGACUAAGAUAAACAAAGACAUUGAUAUUUGAGUAAUUAAGAGCCAGAUUUUAUAAACAUUUAACUUAUUUUUUUUACAUUGACAGCUUUUAUACACUGGCUGCAUUGUAGCAAAGUAGUUCUACUAAGCACAUUUUAUGCUCUGAAUACCAGCCAUUGACAAAUGUGAUCCGAUUUAUUUAAAAUAAACAACUCUAGGCUAGGAAAGUAAUUUUAGAAGUAAACAGAAAUUUGUGGGCCUCUCAUUCAGCAAAACCAAAACGUAUUCCGUUUUGAAGAAUUAGGGAUUGCAUUAUCAUGUGUCUGUGAUCUGCUUAGCACAAUUUUGUUUUAUAAGUACGAUUAAAACACCACAAAUUUUUAAAACGAAACCUGGAAUAGAGAGAACGGUUAUAAAAAGGUUUCGAAAGUAAAAUAUCUAUUUCAAAAAAGUGUUGUUUUAAUAGUGAAAUCUACGCUUCUAAAAUAUAUGCUUAUAAAUUUAUUAUCUUGAAAGACAUUACCUGAGAUGAGAGAGCCGUGAUGUGUAAAUGCGACUGGUUGUAUAUAAUCUCCAUGAGUGUAUGAGUACUGAGUGCGAGAGUGAAUGCAAGAGACUGUUCUGUUACUUUGAUUACAAAUAAAGAUUUUUAGAAUUUAAAUUGA